CUCCUGCUUUGGGUUUUUGAAGACCUCUGACACAUUUCAAAAGGGAAUCUACGUGAUCACAUAAACCUACUUCGUCUUUAAAUGGGUUUUGAGGAACAAUCUUGUAACAUGUCUGGGAACAUGUCUUCGAACAUGUCCGUGAACUCGUCCAACAUCGCCUGCAAAGAUGAAUGGACGAACCGGCAUGUGGUGUCAGCUGUCGUCUAUGGACUGGUGUUGGUCGUGGGUCUGCCUCUCAACGGCGUGUCCCUGUGGAUCCUGUUGCGCAGACACGGGCUCCGGUCAUCUAGCGCGGUUCUCAUGAUCAACCUCGCCGUGUCCGACCUUCUGCUCGCGGUCUCUCUUCCGCUGCGCAUCUACUUUUACGCAACGCUCGAUUGGCCGUUCGGAUUGGGUACGUGCACCGCGGCAAUCAUGCUGUUUCGGAUCAACUUCAGGACCAGCUGCGUUUUCAUAACUUUGAUCAGUUUGGACCGCUUUUUCGCCCUGGUUUUCCCGUUGCGCACCCGGUGUCUGCGCACCUCCGCUUUCGCAUCCAAGUGCUGCGUUCUGGUGUGGAUCUUAUUAACACUCCUUAGCAUUCCGAAUAUUGUAAAUCACUAUAACGCAUUGAAAAGCUCUAUCUGUGGUUCCGAUGUAAAAAUAAGUUGUUUUGAGUCUCGAGAUGUUGUAAAGGGCUCAAAGGUAGCUGCGCUCAGUCAGGCUAUAUUUUUGUUAAUACUCUUUAUGGUCAAUUUCGUAUGUACGGCAAUGGUCAUACGCGCACUGAAGAAACGUCCAAGUGGAGACGAGACAAAAGUGAACAACAAAAUGAACGUGAUACUCAUCUUUGCAGUUAACAUGUUGGUAUUCAUUGUAUUUUUCAUGCCAUUUGCAUUACAACUCAUGAUUUUAAACUACAAUACAGAGAACGUGAAUAACCAAGAACUAAGAAAUAACCAAGAAAUGUUACACGCACUGAUCUGCCUUGCGAGCAUCAACUGCUGUCUGGAUCCACUCAUUUAUUAUUUCUCUUUGGACUCAUUCUGGCAGGACAAGGACAAAAUUCAAUGGGAUGCGACCACCCAAUCCAUCAGCAGGUCGAUGGAAAGGUCAUAAGAAUGAGGCUGAAGAGACGUCUGAUCAUAGAGACGGAAUCAAACAUUGGUUAAAACAAUUGAUGUGAUUUAUUAUGCACUUUGGUGGUCAGAAUUACAAUUGAACAAGUAGAUUUGAACAAAAAUGUAUUUGAAAGUAUUUGUGGUCAAAGCGUGUUAUUCACAAUAACACGAAUGUUAAUGUACAUAUUAUAUCAGCAUAUCUCUGCUCUGCUCUCUAAAUAUAAAUAUCAGCUAUUAAAAAUAGUUUUCCAUCGACCUACUGUUGAUAACACUCAGACUUUGGAAAAGUGAAAUAAAUACUUACUUUUUACAUGUAUCAAUUGAAGGUGUUCAGGAUUUAGGUUUCUUACCUAAUAUCUUGGGAAGCCUAGUUUUAUAUCUCUUUCUCCUUUGGCUUGCUAACAAUUCUUUGCUUAGCUUCUGUGGAAGAGUAUUGGAAAGGUUUUACAAAAAGCAUUGUACAAAUACAUCGAAUUUAAAAUGAUUCAAAAUGAUCUAUCAUUGUCUUCCUCAUCAGUGUUAUGAUUUGGAUCUUAUUCGCAGUGGAUUUAUUAAGGUGGCUUUUUGUACAAAAGAGUGAGUCACAAACCUAAUAAACCUUGAGAUCCAAACAUGUUAAGAAUUUGUUCCAUGUUUGCAUAUCGCAAGCUCAAACUUUUUAGUGCUGUUUCAUAAAACAGGAAGAGAACUGUCUUUUGUGAAAAUGCUGUACAUUUGAACGUGACAUUACAGGCCAUGAGAAGGUCAACGAGAGAAAUGUGUCAGUGUAUCAGUGGAAAGUUUCGUCAGUGUUAAUUGCACUUCUCUUCAGCUUUCCGAAGAAUUUCUAGGAUUUAGAAAUUAAAUGCAAACUGUAAUGCUGAGUCUUUUCAGAGUAUAUAACUCCCAUGACGUAAGAUUUAGCCAUUUAUUAAAAAAAAGAAUAUAUCUUGUUAACAAUCUUGGGUUACCAAAAGGAAGGGUGGGUGUGUGGCAAAGAUGACUGCUGACAUUUUACAAAGGAAAUUAGUCAAGAUCUAAUGCAGAUGUUUAUCUGAUGCAGGUGCACACGCUACAUUUGCAAAUCAGAUCAUUUCCAAAUCAUGCUCAUGGACAGCUCUCAUUUCCUCGUUCAUAUAAUUUUAAUUGAUCGAAGUGGUCUGUCAUUGCAAACUUCCUCCCGGGCCUUGCAGAUGUCCGCUGGCGAUUUGGAAUCAAAUGUUAUGACGCAACCCAGUCUCAUGGGAAUUCGUGAAAUUGUCACGAACUGUAAUCUAUUAAUUUGUGUUCAUCAACACGAAAUUCCAGUUUUUUUGGUUUCACCUCAUGCCACCUCAUGAAACUGGCAUUUUUGGUUAAAUUAGCCUUUGCGGCUGUGAUUUCAGGGUUUGGGGUGAGGUAAGGUGUUGGUUAGCCAACUUCAAAGUAUUUGCAACUUUUGAUGUCAGGAUAGAAAUAUAUAAAUGUGCAUACACACGCGGUCUGUGUAUUGCAAAAUUGUUGUGAUGGUGACACGAAAAAAAAAAAGGAAAUUCGUCUUGAUGAACACGAAUUAAUAGAUUACGGUAUGUGUCAAUGAUGUGUACUCUGUGAGAUAGUAUAAUAAAAUGUGUUUAAUCA